CCCCAUUACGAUGGCCCAUUCCCUCCUGAUCACUUUUCAAUGGGUUUGCAAGGGUUCCAGCUGGAGGGAAGGGGGAUUUUAGUUCUUUUAAUUUUCUCUUCUUCUUGGAAGGACAAAUCCUGCCAAGGCCUCAAGCAGGAGGAACCUCCCAGUUUGCUUGAAAAAGAGGAGGGUCCCAGCUUGCAAAAGAGCAAACCCCUCCCUUUUGAAAUAUUAUUAUCCUGGGUUAUUUAUUCCCUUUGCAAGCUGCAAGUUGGGAGUCUUCUUCGCCUUGGAGGUGAGUUGCAAGUGGGAACAUCAAGACACGUGUAUACUGCAAAGGUGAAACAUGGCCACGGCUCUGCAAGAGAGGAAGGCAACCUUUGGCCCGCAGCUCCUCUGUGUUUCUGCGCAGACCAGUCCGGUGAAGUCCUCCAAUGGUUUGGAGACCACGCCAGAGGCCCGCCAGGCCCCCGCCCCAGACGGGCACCCAAGCGCUCUCCUCUGGGAGUCUGAGUUCGAGGACUUUCUGGAAGUGUCGGAGCAGGAGGAGCGGCUCUUGGAGCAGAUGACCCCGUGGGCCAAUGCCAGGGCUUUCUUGGCCGCCUUUGAGUACGUGGCCCUGGCCUGCCGCUGGCCCCGGAAAGAGUGGGUGGUCCGGCUCCUGCCCUCCCUCAACGACGACGCAGAGAAGGCCUUCUUGGCCCUGGCGGCCCAAGACCAGGGAGACUUCUGGAAGGUCAAGGGGGCCAUUUUGCGGCGGGAGGCGGCCGCCCGAGAAAGGAAGCGGCAGGAGUUCCGCCGCUUCUGCUACCAGGAGGCCAACGGCCCCCAAGAAGUCCACGCUCGGCUCCGUGAGCUGGGCCGCCAGUGGCUGAGCCUGGAGAAGAACAGCAAGGAGCAGCUCUUCGACGCCCUCAUCCUGGAGCAGUUCCUCAACGUCCUGCCCAAGGAGAUGCAGAACUGGGUCAAGGAACGCUCUCCGGAGAGCAGCCAGACGGCCGCCACCCUGGCGGAGAACUUCCUCCGAAGGCUGCAAAUCAUCGAACGAGGAGAAGAGCCGGUGAGGAGGAUGUCUUGGGAACCAGAAGAGCCGACUGUGAGCCUCAAGAGUCAGGAAGUUCAUAUGGAAGGUCUCACCAACAAGACCGUGGCAAAGCGAGAAAUGUAUGAAAUGCCUGCCUUUCCACGGAAAGCUGUUCCAGGUUACAAAAAGCGCAUCGUGAAGAAGAAGGGUUACAUCCAGUGGGUCCAGAUUGGGGACACCAAGCUGAAAGCCAGGUUCCCUGGAAGAGUGAAAAGGGCGCUCACCUACCACAGGAAAAAAAUAGAAACCACCCUGGAAAGCCGUCGUUCGGAGAGGCUGCGGAGAGGCCGUUUUCUGCCGCAGGUCAAGGCUUCCUCCUUGCCGCCUUCUCCGCUUCCUCCUCCUUCCUCACCUGAAGGCAAACCGAAACCCAAGAAGCCCGCUCUCCUCCCAAAGCCGCCCAAGAGUCAGAUCAGAAACUGCCCCGAUUGCGGCCGGGAUUUCAGCGGGGUGUCGAGCUUCGCCCGGCACCGGUUGGUCCACACCGGGGAGAAGCGCUACGAGUGCUGCUUCUGCGGGAAGGGCUUCAUCUGGCGCUCGGAUCUGGUCCGCCACGAGUGCAUCCACACGGGGAAGAUGCCCCACGAGUGCCCCUUCUGCGGGGAGGGCUUCGACCGCAAGUGGAAGCGGGUCAAGCACGAGAUGAUACACCGGAGAGGCAAAGCCAGCCUGUGAUCCGGAGGAAGGAAAUAACGGGAGCGUGUUCUUGAAGGAUGGGGCAGGUAGAGUAGCAUUCCUGAUUGCGGCGAAUGUCAUUUGCAAGGAAAACAAAAGGUCUCCCUUUUGUGCAUUUCUUUUACUCUUCUUGGUUCAGUGUUUUUGGAGAAGCGAAAUUAGCAUUACAGUCCGUAAUGCAGGCACGGGCAAACUUGGGCCCUCCCGGUGUUUUGGACUUCAACUUCCACAAUUCCUAACAGCCGGUAGGCUGUUAGGAAUUGUGGGAGUUGAAGUCCAAAACACCGGGAGGGCCCAAGUUUGCCCAUGACUGUAUUAAUGUGUUAGUGUAGAUUUCACACAAUCAGUAUGGCAAGGAAAUCGUUCUCUGUGUCCGAGUUUCGUUAUUGGAAAAUGUGGGUUGCAAAAAGUUACACCUUGUGAUGCCAUUUCAGAUCACACAAUUACAUAAUUUGAAUAAUAAUCAUUUGAAUAAUAAUAAUCUGGGUUGCAAAAAGUUACACCUUGUGAUGCAGUUUCAGAUCACACAAUUACAUGAUUUGAAUAAUAAUAAUGUGGUUUGCAAAAAGUUACAUCUUGUGAUGCAAUUUCAGAUCAUACAAUUACAUAAUUUGAACGCUGCUCAUAACUACCAUGGCUUCAUCCUGCAGCAUCCUGAGGUUUUUUGCAUGAUCAGGGCUUCCAGAGUAACUCACCGAACUACAAAUCCCAGGAUCGAGUAGGAAGGAGCCAAGGUAAUUAAGGUGAUACUCAGGGUGCCAAAUAAUUGAUAAUCAGGUUGCCAUAAUUGUGCUGUGUCAAAGACAUCUCAAGAUGGACAUAGUAUGUCUCUCCAGGUGUUUUUGGACUGUCGCUUCCAUCGUCCCUCACUGUUGGUUGUCUACAGACAAUGGGAAUUGUAGUCCAAACACAUUUGGAUUUAAAGAGCCUUCUUUGUGGCAAAUUCGCCAUAACAAAGUGCCCGACUUAGUGCCAAAUGUGCCCUAUGUCACCCCUAUUUUCCAAGAGGUCCCAAAAUAAAGCCUUUGGGAGUAAACUUGAUUGUAUAGAAAUGUUUCAAGCUCAUUUUGGAUUUUUUGAAAGCCUUUUGCACCAUCUCAGGCGAGGAUUUACAAAAAUGGAAGAGACAAAGAAACACCAAAGUUUGUUGAGACACGUUAUUGAAUAAUCACUGAAGAAUUCCAAAGUGGGCAAAAGAUGUGGAUUGUAUCACCUCUGUUUAAGGAAAGGCAUCCCGUGUCUUCGGAAGUUCUGAUAUUUUAACAAAAAAAAUAACUUUGGAAGUAAAAUAACUGAAGCAAAAAUUGGGGAGCUUUGCUAUGCCCGUUGUAUACCUUCAUGCCUUUGGUGUGCAUGUUAAAAGGGAGUUUCCAAACUUGAAAGUUGAUGUUUCCUACUGCACUUAACAAUAUUAUUAUCGUUAUGCUUUAGUCUAGGCCUGGGCCAACUUCAGCCCUCCCUCCAGGUGUUUUGGACUUCAACUCCCACAAUUCCUAACAGCCGGUAGGCUGUUAGGAAUUGUGGGAGUUGAAGUCCAAAACACCUGGAGGGCCUGUUCUGAGUUUCCAUUUCAUACAGGGCUCCUUACUAAGAAAUAGAACAAUUUUUUUGGAUAUUGUUGGGUGACUAAUGGUUUUGGAGUCUUUUAUAGCUUUUUCAAACAUAUAUAGUGUUCUUUGUUUUUCUAAAAAAAAGUUUUAUAAAGUUUAUUCUGUGUUUCACUCACGUUUGAAAACAAAGGCACUGCCUUUUAAAAAGAGUAUUACAGAUAUUUGUAACUAUUUCAGUUUAUACUAUUAAAAGUUAUUGGUUCAAUAAGA